GUGAACGUGUGAGGCCAUUGCAGCUGCCAUGUCGCACCCUCAUGAGCCCCUCCCCUAUGACAAGGACCCCCUGUACCCAACCCCGCCGGGGGGGUACCCACCACCGGGAGGGUACCCACCACCGGGGGGGUACCCACAGCCAGGGGGGUACCCACAGCCUGCCCCGUAUGGGCAGCCAGGCUACGGGUACCCCCCUGCGGGGGCACCGGUGCCACCCAUGCCCACGCUGCCUAUGAAUUUAGGGGACGACGGCAUCGCGACCACCGACUGGGAUGACAAGAAGGUCCGGCAUGCCUUCAUCCGUAAGGUCUACACCAUCAUCUCGGUGCAGCUAUUGGUCACCGUGGGCAUCAUCUCCAUCUUUAUCUUCGUCUCCCCCAUCAAAGCCUUCGUGAGCAGGAACAUAGCCGUGUACUACAAACCGCCCCCCAUGACCACCCCCCAGGUUGAUUUCACCUCCUGCACGGGGCUGUUCUGCGUCCUGGGCAUCGUCGUCAUGGUAACAGGCAUUGUCACCGCCAUCGUCCUGUCCUUCAAAUACAUCUAUUGGCUGCACAUGCUGUACGCGGCCCUGGGCGCCAUCGUCUUCACCCUGUUCCUGGCCUAUGACACGCAGCUGGUGCUGGGCAACCGGAAGCGGGCGCUGGGCGCGGAGGAGUACGUGUACGGCGCGCUGCGCAUCUACACUGACAUCAUGCAGAUCUUCCUCUCUGUGCUGCAGCUGGUCGGCCGCAGAUAGAGCCCGUCUCCCACCCGCGCUGCCCGGCUCUGCGCGGCCCCCGCGGAUACCGACGCACGGGGGGGAGGCGGGCCCUUGCCUUAUUGCCCCUGCCCCUGCCCCUCCCUGGGGCCUGGGUGCGUCCCAGCCCCGCCAGCCCGGGAUGGGAGGUGCUGCGCGGGACGCCAGCUGACACGUGGGCGCACACACGUGCUCUGGACAUGCGACUGCACCCGUGUCUCUCCUCCUCCCGCCCCGGGGCUGCUAUGUGCCUUAACAGUGCACGCACCAACAUGGCACGGUGCGGGGGAGGGUAGAGGGGCCCCCAGCAAAGGUGGGGGGGGCUCUGCUUGCUGCACCUGUCACCCCAUGGCCAGCCCUGCCUGGGACCCCCCACAGCGCCAGGCAGGGGCUGAGCCUGCUUUGCCGACACCAAAGAGCCUGGACUAAGAUGCUGCCAAUAAAGUGCCCGUCUGACACCC